AUGCCUCGACAACCCAGGCAGUCCCGGUCGUCCAGCAUGACAUCGUCUUAUUUUCAGCACCCUUCCCGUGCUCUUAACACGUCCUCGUCCACCUCCAGCCGGCGGCCUCCUCGUAUCAUUUCCGAGGGCGGCAGCUCAAUAACUGCAACCCCGUCUAUAGCCGGCACAGUGUCAAGCACAGCCAAGUCCAAUAUCACGGCCGGUAGAUCGCGUCCAUCGACCAGUGUCUCGGGGCGCAAGUCACGAACUGGUACUUUGUCUACAAUGUUGGGAGCAAGUGACCAACAAACAAUCAUUUGCGCUGUUGCCGAGUCUCGUGGCAUUUCACCUUCUAUUGGGCUUGCGCUUGUGAAUAUUACACUCGGUGAGGCUGUGUUGAGCCAGAUAUGCGACAAUCAAUCAUACGUCAAGACGAUCCACAAGCUCCAGAUAGCAGGUCCAUCUAGAAUUGUCUUGAUGUCUACGGCUUGCCCGCCGAACAAAGACAGUGUUCUCUAUACCUUGAUUGAUGAGCUCAUACCAGAUGCAGACAUCGAAGUGUUGGACAGAUCCGCCUGGUCGGAAGCGGACGGCCUCGAAUACAUAGACAACCUGGCAUUCAAGAGCGAUAUCGACCCCAUGAAGGUAGCAGUGCAGGGCAAAUAUUACUGCAUCAGCUCGCUUGCGGCAAACCUUGACAAACCCAAGUCCAAGGACAGUCUCUUUGGGCUUUUGAAUCAAACCAAGACGCCAAUGGGGUCGCGCAUGCUUCGCAACAAUAUUCUUCAGCCCCCAACAAAGUACAGUACUUUUAUAAGACCCCGCUACGAAGCCUUAGAGGAGCUUACGAGUGAGGAAGAAAUGUUUCAUGCGGUUCGAAAGGGUAAUUUUCCUAACCCAGAAGAUAUGAUCACGAUAUCCACCAAGUCGAGUAUCACCCACGCCGAAGAGCAAAUUAAUCACGUCAUUCUUAUAAAAACGUUUCUUGAGUCAGUGCCGGAGCUCUAUCAAGCGCUGGCUGAAUGCAAUAGCGCGCUUCUUCUCAAGAUUCGAGACAUUUGCCACCCUAACACGACAGACCCUAUCUUAUCCAGGAUUCAUCAGGUCGUAGAGGCUGAUGUUACGUAUAUGACUUCGCCGCUCGACAUGCGCAAUCAGAGGACGUACGCCGUCAAGGCUGGUAUCAAUGACAUGCUAGAUGUUGCACGACAAGCGUACAAAGAACUAACGAAUGAUAUCCAUCUCCAUGUCAACGACAUCCAAGCCCAGCAUGGUAUUCAGCUGACUGUCAAAUUCGAUCACGGGCGCAAGUAUUGGCUGCGCAUUAAAUCAGGGGACCUCAACAAAGACACAUUACCUCAAGUCUUCAUCAACGUCGUGAAAAAGAAGGAUCAUAUCCAGUGUCAGACUCUGUCACUAGUUAAGUUAAACUUCCGGCUAUCAGAGACUUCAAACGAAAUUAUCAUGCGUAGUGACAAAGUAAUCCAAGAACUGAUCUUGGAUCUCAGGGAAUCAUCUCCACAGCUAUUUAGGGUCUGUGAAUCAGUUGCUUUGGUCGACAUGAUUGCCUCUUUUGCUCAUCUUGCUACCAUCAGAGACUAUGUCCGACCAGAGAUCUUAGAUACACUGGCGUUAAAAGCAGCCCGGCAUCCAAUAUUGGACAAUAUCAUGUUUGAGGGCUUUGUUCCGAAUGACUACUACGCGACGCCUCAGCAUCGUUUCCAUAUUGUUACAGGAUGCAAUAUGGCAGGCAAGACUACCUAUAUCAGAGCUAUCGCACUGCUGCAGAUAAUGGCCCAAAUCGGAUGCUUUGUUCCGGCCGAAUAUGCGUCUUUCCCCGUAAUGCACAAUCUGUUUGCACGAGUGUCGUUGACCGAUAAUCUCGAAGCGAAUCUCUCCACAUAUUCUCUCGAGAUGCGGGAAAUGGCUUUCAUCCUGCGAAAUGUAAACGGCAAAAGUUUGGUGAUAAUUGAUGAACUGGGCCGCGGCACGAGCCCCAGGGAUGGCCUGGCAAUGGCAAUUGCAAUGUCAGAAGCACUUAUACAGUCGGGUGCCUUUGUGUGGUUUGCAACUCAUUUCGUUGACCUGACUCGCGUUUUAGAGGAUCGCCCAGGUGUGUUGAGUUUGCAUUUAGCCUCUGAGCGGUCGAUCUCAGAUGAAGGUGAACCACGACUGGUCAUGCUCUACAAGGCAAAAUCUGGUGUUGUCGACACAAACCAGCAUUACGGAAUCGAUUUAGCACGGGCGAUUGGGUUUCCGGAACCUUUUACUAAGCGAGCCGAAGAGGUGGCAAAAGCACUGCGGCAACAAAGAGAGGCUAGUUUGCGGGAUUCUGAGUCUCGACGGUUGGUAGCCCGUCGUAAGCUCGUGCUCAGUUUGCAUGAGGCUCUGAAACAAGCCUACGAGUACGGGAGCGACGAAGCCCUACCCGGAUACUUGAAACACUUGCAGGAAGACUUUAUCAGCCGCAUGAAUGAUUUGGAGAUCUCAUGA